AUUCAAAAAACGUUUGAAAAGUCAGUCAUUCAUUGCAUUUGCUGUGAAAAACAAACACAACUUCUUUGUGGACACAAACUCUUGGAGCGGUUCCCAUCUGUGGUGAUGUCUAACUGGACACAAAUACAGCAACAACUGAGACACCCGUCCAAUCCCGUGGUGUUCUUCGACAUCACGAUCGGCACCACAGAAGUCGGUCGCAUGAAAAUGGAGUUGUUUUCCGAUGUCGUGCCCAAAACGGCCGAAAACUUCCGACAGUUCUGCACCGGCGAGUACAAGCGCGACGGCGUUCCCAUCGGCUAUAAAGGCGUGUCUUUCCAUCGUGUGAUCAAAGACUUUAUGAUACAAUCGGGAGAUUUCGUGAAUAAUGACGGGACAGGUAUUAUGUCGAUCUUCGGCGGCGGGAAGUUUCCCGACGAGAACUUUGGGCUCAAACACGACUCCCCGGGACUCCUGUCUAUGGCAAACAGUGGUAAAGACACGAAUGGCUGCCAAUUCUUCAUAACGUGUGCGAAAUGCGAUUUUCUCGACGGAAAACACGUUGUCUUUGGCCGUAUUAUAGACGGGAUGUUAGUUAUGAGGAAAGUGGAGAACGUGCCCACCGGUCCCAAUAAUAAACCUAAAAUACCUGUCAUUAUCUCCCAGUGCGGCGAGAUGUAGGCGCUGUUACCGACAUUCAUACGAGUAUUUUCUAUUGUAAUUCUUGAUGUUUACUGUCAUUUUCAUUGAUUACUUUAACUUUGUAUUUAUUUUGAACAUUAAAGAGAUUUUUAAAUUA